GGCACCGAGGGACCAUCUCCGUCCUCCCGGCAGGUGACGGAGUGGCCGCAGCCCACCCGCCCUCCGGCACCACCGCCGCUGGGAGCGGAGCCCAACGGGAGCCGAGGGCAGGGCGAGCACGGGCUGGGCCGGGGGAGGUUGUGCUGAGCCCCCCGGGCGGCUCCGGGAAAGGACGGGAGCGGAGUGGGGAUGGGGGUCGUGCUGGCGGCGGGAGCGCAUCUCGGAGGGUUUGUGGGCCACACAGUCUCGCCGGGCUGCCCAAAGAGGAAGGAGAGCUGGGGGGGCUGCGAUGGGAACGCAGGAGCCUCUCCUGCAGCCCUUCAGCCCAUCUGUGAGACCCCCGGGUCUUGCACUCCCAGCGAACUCGGUGUUUCAUCCGUGUGGUUUUCAUUGCUGGAGUGUGGCCUUAAUGAUUAGGACUUGGGUGGUCUUGCCCCUCACAGGGUGUCCACAGGGAUGGGCUGAAACUGGGAUGCCCAAGGAUGAGGUCGGCUCUGGAGGAUGCAGGGAGAGGAGAUGGGGAGGUCAGUGUCACCCACCAGCCAGGCUGAAACGUGGGGAUCACCUGUUUGAUUUACCUGCAAAGGCUGAAGUAACAGGGGUCCCUGAUGGUAAUGAAGGGAAACCAUGGCUGUUUUUCCCCUUGGCUUCUGACCAACAGCCUCUGUGGAUCAGUGUCCAACAGAAACACAAGGGCAGCUGCCUCCACCUGCAUCACAAGUUGGCAGGGUGAUGCCAGCUUGACCCAGAGCCAUGUCCAGGUACCUGAAGCACUUCACGGUGGUGGGCGAUGACCCCGUGCAGUGGAGCAACGACUACCAGAAAUGGGAGGAGGAGGAGGACAAUGGGGACAAGCAGCAGGACUCGGAGAUCAAGGUGGAGCCCGCCAGGAGACACAUCUCCUUCCAGGACAUGAUGAAAAAGCUCUUCAGCUCCCACAAGUUUCAGAUUGGGGUUGUCUGGCUGGUGAUCCUGGAUGCCUUGUUGGUUCUUGGGGAAUUGCUCAUGGACUUGAAAAUCAUCCAUCCGGACAAAUAUAACAUAACCCCAAAGGUUUUCCACUACCUCUCCCUGUCCAUUUUAACCAUCUUCCUGGUCGAGGUGGGGUUCAAGGUGUUCGUGUAUCGCCGCGAGUUCUUCCACCACAAGUUCGAGGUGCUGGACGGGGUGGUCGUGGUCGUGUCCUUCGUGCUCGACGUCGUCCUCAUCUUCCGGGAGCACGAGUUCGAGGCCGUGGGGCUCCUGAUCCUGCUGCGGCUCUGGAGGGUGGCCCGGAUCAUCAACGGAAUAAUUUUAUCGGUGAAGACCCGCUCGGAACAACAAGUGUCCAAGUUAAAACAAGCCAACCUGAAACUUGCAACAAGGCUGGAACAACUGGAACACAGCUGUGUAGAGAAGGAGCAAGAAAUCGAGAGGCUGAACAACAUCUUAAAGCAGCACGGACUCCUCAGCCAGCCAAAGUAGGAGGCCAGUUUUCCAAGGUGGGAAUUCUGCCUGGAGAGUGCAGUGUUGGAAUCCACCAGUUUGACCUGAAAGGUUUUUCUGUCUCUUUACUUCCUCUUGCAUUGUGUUGUCUAUAAACAUUUUCUAUUUGACCACACUUUGAUCAGACCUUGAGAUUGCAAAAAGAGUUUUGCUGGAAAAUUAAUUACACACAGUCCCUGUAAACAACAAUUUUUUUUCCCCUUUCUUGUACAGUUGUACAGUCAAAAUUGCAAAAUAAUUUAAUAAAGACACAUCUUUACAAGCUACACA